UUCAUACACGUGGCAAAUAUGAUAUGUGAUAGGUUUGAACGUCGGACGUUUUACCGUAUUCAAUAGCGAUCCCCCAUUCACGUGCAACGGCCAUGGGGAACACCGUGACGCUGCACAGCGCGUGCGAGUAUGGGGACUUGGCGGAAGUUCAUCGUCUACUUAAGACGGCGACGGCCGAGGAGCUCGAAGCCACGGACGACAGUGGACGCACGCCGUUGCUAUUAGCUGUCGCGAGCUUGAAGCAUCUGCGAGAGCAUCAGGAGCUGAUCGACGACUUCGACGACCUACAUGGCUUCGUGGAAAGCGACGAGGAGACAGAGACCAACACUCAGACACAUGAGCAGAUCGUGGCGGAAAGUAGCAACAGUGAGACUGAGGAAACGGUGAACGAGGUCAGAGAUGACACCGAUCUGGAACUCAUGCCCAAAGAGGCCGAGAUCCUGCAUCUACUGCUGCAGCGGCGAGUCAAUGUGGAUCACAAAGACGAGAAUGGAUGGACAGCACUACACCACGCGUGCUUCGUGCAGAACGCAGUGGCUAUAAAGAUGCUGAUCCAUGCCGGGGCAAAACCCAUGCGAGAGAGUUACGGUUUGUUACCGCAAGAUUUACUACAGAGAGGGCACAUGUCCGAGUGGGUGGCCCAAGCGCAGGAACUAAAAGAAGCUCUGGACCAGAUCACUGACAAGAGCGCCUACGCGAUCAAACUACUGGCAUUUCGUCCGAGUGGAAUUGUACAACUGGAUAUGGGCGGACAGGUCGAAAAAGGGUCGUUUGUUACAUUGGAGUACGACGUCCCGGAGAGUCAUUCUGUGAAGGAUUAUAUCCAGGUACUCAUUUCGGAAGAAGAUUCGGCAGAGAUUGAGACGGGCUCGUAUCACUAUGUGCCUGCAGGUGCACAUGGGCAACUUACUAUCAGUACAAAGGACAUCCCACCAGCCAGCACGGUUCGAUUUGUGUACGUGAAGAGCGAUAUCAACACAAUGUCCCGAGAAGUGGUCGCUAGUGGCUGCAAUGCAGUUGUACAGGCUUCAGUGGGGGAGAUCUUCCAGUAUGAAUUGUUCCUAUAUGAACGUGUGGUCGAGGUGGAGAGCAUUCCGGAGUUCGAGUUCAUAGAUCAGCCAUUGAUUGUACUCAAACGGAUCGGUAUUGUCGUCGGAGAGGACAUCGACUGGGUCACUAUCCGCCCAGAUAACCACAUCGUUGCUGUGAAUGACAUUCGCAUUGAUGCGAUGGAGUUUGCAGAGGCUGUAAGGGUAUUGCAGGAGAACAAUGGUCGACAAUGCACUAAGCUGCUGAUGCAGAAUUACUCGGCAUGUGGUGACUUUAUUCCAGAGAAGAUCUUGGGCGUGGGAGUCAUUGGCAAGUACGCGUACUUGCAUCCUGUCGACGACGAUCAAGACGUUGAGGGUGACGAACAGACAUACGAAGAGUGGGUACGGAAUAGCCUGAGUGAAAACGGUGAUGGCAAUGGAGAAAGUGAGGUGAGUUUGGGGCCGGUUAGCACCCAAUUGUCAGCAAUCCAGAUGUCAACAGAGGCAACAGAGACGUCUCCGCCACCUUCGAUAUUGUCACUAACGCCUCCAGCCGAGGACCGUGGAGUGAUCAGUAAGGUGGUCGCUGAUGAAAAUGAUGACCCGGCGGCAACGGACAGGGAAGAAAAGAUAUCCGCUUCCUCGACCAUAGAAACCGUCGUACCGCUGCACAACUCGCUGCAACUCGUGGCACAACUUCAACAUGGCAUAUCCAUCGGCCACGCGACUAGAUGAGCUGUCGUUGCUAGAAUGCUGGAGAAGAUUGGCCAAGGACAGAUUAAUGAAGCAGUUGUAGACUUGGUGUAGAAUGGUGAGUUGAGUCAACCAUGCAUGGCAGGUCAAGUAGACCCCCCAAGUAGAGGGGCUUGCUUGGCAUUUUGAAGACACAAGCAAACGGAGCGGGAUCAGAAGAAAGCGAAGGACGUUAACAACCAACAGGUGAUUUAUUAGCAUAUGACAGAAACAAUCGUUGUGAUGCUUGGAGUUUUAUAGCCUCGUGGUCGCAAGUAUGGCCGUCGUACAGUUUGAGACGACGGUGUUACUACAUGUAGUAUCGACUUCCCAAUGCCGUUUUAGAAGCAUGUCGACCUUUCAACACUUCUCCACGUUGCACGUAUUGAUGAGAGCUAAGGGUCCGAAAUGUGCUAGCAGUGGAAUACAUUAAAAGCAGAAUCAAAGAUCUACUCAUGACAAAUGGUAGAGCUCGAGGGUUUGUACUUCCAGAAG